GAUGGUGUCCUGUUUGUUUUUUAUGUGUUAACUCCUAGCACUAAAAAUGCCGCUGCCCCUGAGGCAGAGCAUGGCGAGCAGCUCUCUUAACAGCCCACAACAGCAUCACCCAAGAGCUUAGGACAGGCAGUCGAGAAGCGUGCCAUGGCCAGUUGAAAUCAGAGGGGCAGUUUUAGUUCUCUGGUUAUGGCUGCAAAAGAUCCUUGUAAGAAAUAUGCCUGUGAAAUCCAGAAAUGUUUGCAAGCAAACAACUACCUGGAAUCUAAAUGCGAAGCUGUCUUCCAGGAGAUGAGACGGUGUUGUGCUCAGUAUCCCAAGGGCAUCUCCCUCUCUUGCUCAGGCUUUAAGGUGGAGGAGGAGAAGAAGGAGAAGGAGAAGCAGGUACUGGAUUCCAGUCGAUCUCACACCCUACAGCCCUGAGGAAGCCAUUCUCCGGGAGGGGAGAGCAGCCUUACCUACCGUCUACGUAGCUACCGCGCUAUACCUCAUUUGUCCUCCUUGCAUCGGAGAGGUACUCCCAAGAUGCAAGCCAGCUCCUCUUCCAGGCACUUGUGGAAACCAGAAGACCACAGCCGGUCUGUCAAAGAGUAGAGCUCCUAGCACUUUUGCUGUCAAGCUGUGUUACUGUAGCCUUAUUGUAAAGUAGAUUGGAGUAGAAUAACUUGGUUUGUGAAUGUUCCGUGUCAUCUGUUCUAUUGUCCAGAAUAGCAAUAUUCUACUGGAAGGUGAAAUCCAGCCUUUUCGCUGGAUGUCAGGUUUCAGACAAUCUUGUUACGUGUGGUGUGUAAGCUAGUCCUUUGUUAAACUGCAAAAACGUUACUCUUGCGAAGUCAUCAUUCCUCACUCUGUCCAGAACUUGUCCUCCUCCACAAUACAGGAAUAGAAGGUUGGCCACUGAAGCCCACAGAGCCCACUUUUUAGCUCAGCAGUAGGUUACCUGACGUGCCUCAGUUUUCUCAUUGGCAAAGUAGGGUCAACCACCUGGUUCUCUGGACUUGGAUUCCGUAGCAGUCAAAUCCAAUUGCACAAUAUUGAUUUAUGUAAUGCUGUGGUAGAAGCAGCUGAUUUCAGGGACAGCUACAUUGUGUGAUGUGACCUCCUUUCCCUGUUUGUAAAGCAAUAGACACUUUGUGGAAAGCUAGAGUUGAAAGUGGUAUUUUUGAAAUCCAGCGUUUUGCUAUUUGUGUGGAUGAAACCCCAUUUCUAUGAAUGGAAUGGGAAUGUGAGUGUAGCACCUCUUUCCUCUUCAUCCCCACCCCCAAUUUAGACUUUAGUUUAAUGGUUCCCAAGGGAUUUUGAGCACUCUUUACUACUCUUGCUAUUCUGUAUCUAGUACCUCCUCAGUGUUGAAAUCAUCUCAAGACAACUGCAAUGUGGUAUACGCCAUAAGCAGGCAUUAGCAAAGCUGGUGGAACAAUCUCUGUUAAGAUUCUUUUAAAAGACCCUGCUGCAAUUCAGUAAAUACAUGAUCCACAUACGGGUAUGAUCAUGUCAUCUUGAUAUCUGGGGUCCAAGAGAACAAACUUCUUUUGAACUGCCUUUCUUGGCCAUGGAUAGGAUUAUGCUGAAGGUAGGACAAAGUAACUUUCUCAUUUUAUAGUGAAGGUCACAGAGAAAUGCUAUUACAUAGUUGGUAAAGUCUGGAUUCUUGCCCAGAGAAUCCCGUAUUCAAAUCCGAUGACGGUCAUGAGCACAUUCAGUAGCCUAAGUCAAACCACAGAGCCCUCCAGAUAAUGUAUUUUAUGUCUGCCCCUUUAUUUCAGUAAGGUGCACAAGGUUAUCAGGAUUGUUGUAAGAUUGCAGAGAGGGGCUUAGCUCAGCAGGAGAGUGCUUGUUUUUGAGAUGUGAGGCUCCGAGCUUAUUUCCUAGCCUUUCCAAAUAAAAUUGAAAAUGCCCUAGAGUACAAUCCUGUAAUCCUGUUGUCAGCCCAGUGUAAACCAGAUACAGGCAUAUGCCCCAGCUGCCAUGGCCAGAAUCACGCGAGUCAACAUUUGCUAGGAGGCCAUACAUAGAUAAUACUGAGCUGGGUAGACCAGUGGUCUGAGUUGACUGGUAUUUUCCAGGUUCGGGAAAAGAGUUAUCCGUGGUAGAACACCGUUGCAGAUUUAGCCUAGAUUUAAGUUUAAAAAAUGUCUGUGUGUAUUGCAAUUUAUAGGAAAGAGAUCUGUAUAUGAAAUACGAGGGACCCGCUAUUUAGUAGAACAAAUCAGAGUAGUCAACCUGAUGCCUUCCAGUUGCUUGGGAGGCAGUAAUUCCAAGAACCUUUGACUGAUCAUAUAAACUAGCCAGCAAAACAUCUGGAAAGCAUCAGGUUGCCCACUAUUCAGUAAACAUCAGUGGUCUCAUGAGGCUAACAGUCUGAAUAAUUACAAUCGUAGCCCUUUUCCAUUUUCCUUUAAUUCUUCCAGGCUUAACUGGAAGAGUGCAUUAACCCGACACUUGCAGGAGAUUUUCCAUUAUGAGGAAAAGAUUUGAUGGCAUAUAGAUUUAAUGAAUAAAAGAGAGACUCCGAAAAA